UAAUACAUAUAAAUAAAUAAUACAUGCAUACUUGCAUCAUGCAAAGUUCAUGUGUUAAAUAAAGUUAUCAUAAAAAAAAAAUAGACUGUGUAAUCACGUGACACUCAUGUGAUUUCAGUCAUGUGACGGGACACAUCGCACUUGCAGGGUCACAACAAUAAUAGUGCAACUGCAGGAAGUGAAACUAUUUCGCAUUUUCUGCUUUUAAACAGUUUAAAAUUAGCUUCCCAGUAGCAUUAAUGUUCACUCACAUUCAGGGGAGUGAACUCUAACUCUAACACUUUAAAACCAUGCUCGCUCUGUGGUUCCUCCUCGGUGUUCUGGUGCCUCACACGGCGGCUCGGUACACCGCGGACUGGGCCAGCCUGGACGCCCGGCCGCUGCCUCCAUGGUACGACCAGGCGAAGGUGGGGAUAUUUGUCCACUGGGGGGUGUUUUCUGUGCCCGGGUUCGGCAGUGAGUGGUUCUGGUGGUACUGGCAGGGCCAACAACCUCCGGACCAGAAGUGUGUGAGCUACAUGUCCAAAAACUACCCACCUGGAUUCAGCUACCCGGAGUUUGCCCCCCAGUUUCACGCUCAGUUCUUCAACCCGGGGGACUGGGCGGACAUAUUCAAGGCGUCUGGUGCAAAAUAUGUCGUCCUGACUGCCAAACACCAUGAAGGAUUUACAAACUGGGGGUCUCCAAACUCCUGGAACUGGAACUCAGUGGAUACGGGUCCUCACAGGGACCUGGUGGGGGACCUGGGGGAGGCGGUGCGCAACAGGUCACUGCACUAUGGACUCUACAACUCCCUUUAUGAGUGGUUCAACCCUCUCUACCUGACAGACAAGAAGAAUGGAUUCAAAACACAGGAGUUUGUGAUGCAUAAACUUCUACCUGAGCUUUAUAACAUGGUUGUAAGGUACAGACCUGAUCUGAUCUGGUCCGAUGGAGACUGGGACGCUCCUGACACCUACUGGAACUCCACCGAAUUCCUGGCCUGGCUCUACAAUGACAGCCCAGUCAAAGAUACCAUCGUGACGAAUGACCGCUGGGGCGCUGGCUGUGCCUGUAAACAUGGCGGCUACUACAACUGUGAAGACAAAUACACUCCGGGCCAGCUGCCCAAGCACAAAUGGGAGAAAUGCACAUCUGUGGACACGCUCUCCUGGGGCUACCGCCGAAACAUGAAGAUGAGCGAACUGAUGGACUUACCCUCCAUUAUAGAGGAUCUGGUUCGCACUGUGGCUCUGGGAGGGAACUACCUCCUGAAUGUGGGUCCCACACCUGAUGGGAUGAUCCCCGCAGUGUUUGAGGAGCGGCUCAGGGGGGUCGGAGCCUGGCUGCAGAUCAAUGGAGAGGCUGUCUACGCCUCCAAACCCUGGAGGGUCCAGACCGAGAACACCACUGUACCAGUCUGGUAUACUUCUAAAGGAACCUCUGUGUAUGCCAUCAUGAUCACCAAACCCCCCAAGCUCACACUGCUACUACUGGGACCCAAAACAUCUGCCGUCACUAAGGUGACUUUGUUGGGAAAUUCGAAACCUCUCCCCUGGUCUCCGGUCAGCCCGGGUGGGGGUCUCACUGUCCUUCUGCCUGAGCUGCCCUAUGCCCCCGGGCAGGCCUGGACUCUCAAACUGGACGGCAUCCUGUAAGCCUUGAACCUUUAAAAUGCUGAAUAUCAUGAUUUUUAAUAUCUCAGGUUUUAAUUAUCUUUCUGGGAUAUGGGUGAAUGUAUGCACUAUGGUUAAAGGGACGGCGCUUGUUUAAUGGGUUAGUAUUUGUGCCAAAAAUGAAAGAAUGAAACACUCCUCUUCAAUGAUUCCUUUUAUAGCUCUGAGGACUUUUAAAAAAUGUUUUUUUGAUUUCGAUAUACUUUAUUAAUCCCCGUGGGGAAAUGGUUUCUCUGCAUUUGACCCAUCCUGUGUUAGGAGCAGUGGGCUGCUAUUUUUGAACGGCGCCCGGGGAGCUGUGUAGGGAACGGUGCCUUGCUCAGGGACACCUCGGUAGCACUUGGUCUUGCCGGGACUUGAACUGGUGACCAGAUUGAAUGUGUCACUGCCUCUUAAUUGUACUCUUUUAGAUACAAAUGUUGAAUGAAAAGUGGUAUCUUCUGUUCGGCUUGUGAAGCUCUCCUGGCAGCUCCCCCAGCUGUCCAAUUGCUGUUUCAGAAAUAAUGAAUUAGGAGGGUUUGUUGGAAAAUAAACCGUUUACAUACAAUGCACAUACUCUAAAAACAACUGAAUAAAAAGAUGAUUUGUUUUUUCUGAUGAA